GCGUUGCAUAACCAAACGCAACGAAAAAGCCAAAAGCUAAAAAGAAGCGUUUUAAAAUUUCCUAGGAAGCGAAAAAAGAGAGAGAUGGCAGCAGAGGAAGGACAAGUGAUAGGUUGCCACACCGUUGAGGCAUGGAACGAGCAGCUCCAGAAGGGAAAUGAAUCUAAGAAACUGGUGGUGGUUGAUUUUACUGCUUCAUGGUGUGGACCAUGCCGCUUCAUUUCUCCUCUGUUGGCAGAGCUGGCCAAGAAAUUGCCAAAUGUUAUCUUUCUAAAGGUGGAUGUGGAUGAAUUGCAGACAGUUGCUCAGGAUUGGGCUGUGGAGGCAAUGCCAACUUUCAUAUUCCUGAAAGAGGGGAAUAUUUUGGACAAAAUGUUGGGAGCAAAUAAGGAUGAACUGCAGCAGAAAAUAGCAAAGCACUUGGCUACUUCUACUGCUACUGCUUCUGCUUGAAGCAAAUAAUUUCCUUGUGCUUUUAUCAUUGCUAUUUGUAAUUUGCGCCUUGAGUCACCUAGGCUAGGACUGGCUACCAUGAGUUUAUGGUCAUUUCAUAGUAUCAUGUUAUAAAAGUUCUAUUGCUGGUUUGCUUAAUUAUAUGUGCUAUAUAUAAACUUGUGUUUGGUUGACAAAAUGUUCCAUGCGUUCUUAGGGUUGUGCUUAUUUAGAUACUUGUAAGCUGCUUUAAAUUGAGAGAGAUGUUGAUUGCUAUUGCUAGUGGCUCUAGUUUGGAUUGCCGAA